GAAAGAAAGAGAAAGAAAGGAACUCUAUGAUUACAUUUCACUGACCCAAAAUGAGAAACCACAUUCUAGAAAGCUAGUUCCUCUUUGCCCUUCUUUCACACACCGAUCUAUGGUUCAGCAGGAUAUGCCGUUGAGAACAUUAUGAGCAAGCUGGUUGAAUUUGCGUGCACAGCUCUCCGGAGCACUUUCUUUUUCCCUUGGCUUUCUUCUUUCAGACCGCGCUUCUUCCUUUCCAUGGAUUUCGCUGGAUUUGGCCCAAGGAAGACUAUCGGUCUGCCUUGAGGUUCCUCACUUUCUUGAUCAAUCUCCAUUUUUAAGUCUUUUUUCACAACCAAUGGACCGAUUCUGAAGAUGCCCGGCAAGGGUGGGAUCUUCUUACCAGCAUGUAUCACCUUCUCCUUGGCUAUGGUUUUUGAAGUGAACCUGAAAACCAGAAGCUUCAGUCCCUGUUUGGAGGUAGUUCCAGGUCACUCAUACAGAUGCAUGGAGCUGAACCUCACUAGGAUCCCUUCGGGUAUCCCAAACACCACCCAGACCUUGGACCUCAGUUUCAACCCGCUGAAAAUCCUGCACGCCAAUUAUUUCUCAGCAGUGUUUGCACUGAGAUUUCUGGACCUCACUAGGUGUCAUCUCUGGAAGAUCGAAGACAAUGCCUUUACGGGACUCAACAGCCUUUCGGUCUUGGUCCUGACCGGUAAUCCUCUCCAGAUUUUGGGACCGAGGGCUUUCCACAAUUUACCUUCUUUGCAAAAGUUCGUUGCCGUCGAAGCCAAUCUGUUCUCCUUGGCCGCGUUGCCCAUCGGGCACCUGACGUCGCUCCAAGAGUUGAACCUGAGACACAACCACAUUGACUCCUUGAAGCUCCCUGGUUAUUUCUCCCACCUAAUCUUUCUCCAGCACCUGAGCUUCCAAUUAAACGAGAUCUCCUCCGUCUCGGUCGGAGAUCUAGAUGCUUUAGCAACCCGGAACUUGACGUUGGUGCUAUCGAGAAACGAAAUAAAAUCUAUCGAACGGAACGCCUUCGCGGGACUCCACCUUCAGCAACUGGUUUUGAGAGGCUGCUUUGAGGAUAGCGCCGUUAUGCAAGCCAGCAUCCGGAAUAUGUCCGGUUUGCAUGUUAACAGUUUAUUGUUAGGAGAAUACAGAGAUAUCACCAGAGUAGGAACCGUUGACAAAACCCUUUUAGAUGUCCUGUGCGACCUGCAUUUACAGGAGUUCACUAUCAUUGAAAUGGACUUCCUAGAAAGUACAAGCACCCUCUCGGCUUGCCUCAACAAUAUCUCCAUGGUGCGGGUGAUCCAUACUUAUGUCAGUGAAGACUUAAAGUAUCCAAACAACUCCAAUAUUUCCCAACUUGAGUUCAAGAACUGCGGACUGGAUGCGGUACCUGCUAAGCAUCUCUCUUCCUUAACGAAGCUAAGAGUGCUUCGCAUCACUCGCAAUAAAGAUCUCAGAUACUUCAAGCAGUAUUUCAGAGGCCUCCAUAACUUGGAGACCUUGGACCUCAGCGUUAACAGGCUGGUCACUCACCUGUCCUGGGUCGACCUCCUGGAGGGAGCUCCCAAUCUGAAGCAUUUGAACCUCAGCUUCAACACGGAAAUCAAGUUAGAAAUUGAAUGCAGCGGGCCUGGCAAGCUGGAAUAUUUGGAUUUCCAACGCACCGCCCUCGUCUCGCCUGGGAUCGUUCCUUCGUUUUUCUGUCUCCACCAUCUGCUUUAUCUUGAUAUUUCCUACACGGGUACCACGGUUAUAGCUCAGUGUUCAUUCUGUGGAUUGCACAGCCUGCGGGUGCUCAAAAUGGCAGGCAACGGCUUUGCCAACAAUCAGCUGGUUGACAAUUUCCGGAAUCUCACCAAGCUGCACUUUUUAGACAUUUCCAAUUGCCAACUCAAACAUAUCUCUCUCAGCAGUUUAACCGCCCUCCGUGAACUCCGGGUGUUGAACAUUAGCCAUAAUAAACUGCUAGGUCUCCAUCCAGAGACCUACGUCCACACUCCUCUUCUCACCACCCUGGAUUUUCACAACAACCAAUUGGCUGCUUUGACGGAGGAAGAUCUGAAGAACUUGCCUGCUAGCCUGAAACAUCUGGACCUCUCUGAGAAUCUUUUCGAUUGCUCUUGCGAUCACGCGGGUUUCUUGCGGUGGGUGAAAAACUCCUCGUCCCUCCUUCGAAAUGUCCCAAAGAUGCUCUGCUACAGCCCCUCGGACUUAAAAAAUGUGCAAGUGAUGGAUUUUGCCUUGGCCUCCUGCGCGAUCAACACAACCACAGUGGCCGUUUCGGUGACCGUCGUCCUGGUUCUGAUCGUCAUCCUGAUUCUGUGUUAUAAAUAUUAUUUCUACCUCUACUACGUCAUGGUGCUCUUCAUGGGAAACAGGUUCUCGGAUGAGAAGGAAACCGUCUACGAUGCGUUUGUGAUCUUCUCCAGUAAGGACCAGGAAUGGGUGAAACAAGAACUGCAACAACCUCUGGAAGAGGAAUUGCCGUACUUCCGUCUCUGUCUUUUCUACCGGGAUUUCAUCCCUGGAGUCUCCAUCAUCACCAACAUCAUCAAAGAAGGUUUUCAGACAAGCCGAAAAGUCAUCGCUGUGGUCUCGGAUCACUUCCUGGAAAGCCGUUGGUGUAACUUCGAACUGGAGGUGGCUCAAUCUUGGCAGUUGGUGGAGAGCAAAGCCAGCCUCGUCUUAGUUGUCUUACAAGGGGUGGACAAAGCAGCCUUACACCGCAAACUGGGGUUGUUCCGUUAUCUACGGAGAAACACCUUCUUGACUUGGAAAGACCGGGAUUUCAGCCGUCAUGUCUUCUUAAGACAGUUGAGGUCGGCCUUGCUUGAAGGCAAAAUGUGGACUGAAGAUGAACUCAGGCUAAUGUCGAAAAAUGGGUGAGGUCUACCUUUGAUGCCCAACUGAGCCGGUCAAUCUAAUUGAAGGAAGCCUUCAAGAAUAGGUGGUCUCGCCUUUAGAAUUUCCAUUUGGGACCUAAUAUCCCAAUGUCUAUGGAGAUUCUCAGCCAUCCGAGUCAUGGUUGUCACAAAAGGAGGAGGCGGGCCGCUCCCGGUUCGCACCAGUUCAGGCGAACCGGUAGUUAAGAUUCUGUGCGGUUUGGCGAACUGGCAAAUUCCACCACUGGUUAGCCUUGCCCCCGCUCGUUUUUCAGGCUGUUUUCCAGGCCAUUUUUAAGUCGUUUUUCGGGCUGUUUUCCAGGCCAUUUUCAAGUUGUUUUUCGGGCUGUUUUUAGGCCAUUUUUCAGGCCGUUUUUGGUCUGUAAAACAGCCUGAAAACGGCCCGAAAACAGCCAAAAAACGGUCCAAAAACAGCCUGAAAAUACCCCCCCAAAAAAACCCGGCCAAAAACAGGCCGAAAAAUGGGAAGGAGCAGGGACAGCCAGUGGUGAGACUAGCUCCAACCGGCUGAAUCCUACUUCUGUCUUUGAGGUGAGUGGCCAUGAGGCAGGGCUGGGUAUGAUGAGUGACGUCACCCACCCAGUCACAUGACCAACUGGCCACGCCUACCCAGCCAGAGAACCAGUUGUUAAGUUGUUAUUCAAGUCCCACCAAUGCCGAAAGGUGCUUUUUUUUUUUCAAGAGGCCAAUGUACUUUCUGGUUUUUCGUUGAAGCUUCUUGGAUGAGGAGCAAAGUGUCUUCAAAGAAAAACCAGAAAGUCCAGUGGCCUCUUGGGGAAAAAAAAAAAACAUUUUUGGGACAUAAUAUCCUCAGCCACAGCCAUUUCUUUGGGGUGUGCCUGAGCCAACGGGUUGGACUAGAAGACCUCCAAGUUCCCUUGCAACUCUGUUAUUCUGGAUGAGGAACGUAGAAACUAUGUUCCUAGGAGUAAGUGAAGGUGUACCCUGGAAUGUCAUACUUUUGUCUUUCUGUUCUGGGAAUUAUUUUCUAUAUAUGCGGUAAAGGAACCGAUAAGAAUAACAGACACCGCAUUUUGACAGAAGCUGUGACCUCCUCCUUUUUUUAAAAAAAAAAAAAUGCUGAAAAAAUGGAAGUUAAUUUGUGUGACACUAAUGGAAAUGACGGAGGAACGUUCGUAAAUAAAUGUCUUAAUUAUUCCACUCUUACUUGGUCCACGCUUAGCAAGAUAAUGACAGCAAGAGGUGCUGGCAUUGGAGGGAAAUAAUAUUUUAAACCUGCAGGCAGGAGGUUUAAAAGCAAAGGUGUACAAGGCAGCUUGGGUUCCUAAUGGCCACAGGUCGAGCAUUUCUGCAGCCUUUUCUCGGGUGUUUAUGUGCUUCUGUGAACAUUUGCACCCUUCCUUCUGAUGAAGAAUCCUCUGUUUCAGACACGCAUGAAAUGACUGAUUUCUAAUGCUCCCCAUUCACUAAUUUUGGAGUAAUUUUGGGGAAUUGGUAGUUGGGAAUGUGCGUUUCUGGGUCAUUAGUGAUUUUCCUGCAUAGACAUAGAAAUAUUGGCUAAUUUCUACAUUAUAUUUUUAGGGAUGCGGUGGCUCAGUGGCUAAGACGCUGAGUUUGUCCGACUCAGUACCGACUCAGAAGUUGGGGUUAAAUCUGUGUAACCUUCUGUCCUUCCAGAGUCUCUUGCAAACACAAAGUGUUCCUGGGUUUUGCUUCUAUCACACAAAGGAGCACUAAGGCUUAAACAUACGAGGAACGGUUGCAGGAAUUGGAUAUGUCUAGUCUAGUG